UGAAAUUUUCAUUUCAAUACAAAUUGAGAUGAAGAUUUUUCUCAUCCUGAUGAUGUGUGUUGGAUCAAAGUCUGGUGUGGCAGCAGAUGAUAGCAUAGAUGGAAAUUUAUUAGCCAACCAUUUGAAAAUUAUUAAAGAAAAAAUUGGUGUUAAUUAUUUGCAGAAACAAUUUAAUCAGUUUCCUUAUGUACAAAAAGCGGACACAGGAGAUGAAAUAUUGAAAAGAAUUCAAUCCAAUCUUGAUACUACAAUAGUAAAUCUAGACAGAGUGUUGAACAAUGUGAAGGAUAAACUUGUGUCAGUUAACAAAGACUCUGAUACAAUUGGUCUUCCAAAUUGUUGUGAUUUAUCAGACAAAAGUCUUAACUACGCACUGAAAUUUCAGACAAAGGUCGACUUUGAACAAGCAUGUGUAACUACUUCCUCGAUAAAAAGUUUUAACUUAAAAUAUCCGACCGAUGAUAUCAGUGACAUAAUGAAGAAAGAUUACCAAAACAAUAGGAAUCUUUUGUGGCAGCAUUACAGUACUACAGAAGGUGUAUUUGUAUUAUAUCCUGCAACAAAGUGGACAGACUGUCAGUAUUUCGAUCCAAGAUUUACGACUCCAUAUGCUUCAACAGCUUCUCCUACGGAUAAAGAUGUCGUUAUUGUAAUGGAUACAAGUGAAUCAAUGUUACAACAAUCUGGAGGUGUCCAAUCAAAACAAAAAAUCUCCAUUGCAAGAGAAGCAGCAAACAAUGUGAUUCAGACACUAAAGCCUAAUGACAGAGUUGGAGUUGUCACAUUCAAUCAAGAUGCAAUCUCUCCAUCCGAAUGUUAUCACAGUGAGCUUGCAUUUGCCACAAAAGAAAAUACAGACAAACUAAUAGGGUUUGUCUUCAGUGUAAACGUUGGGCAGUCAGAUUUGAAAAACUUUGAAAAGUCAUUGGUUGCUGCUUUUAGAUUUUUCAAUUCUUCCAAUGACAAUGUAAAAGUUGAAAACCGAGAUCGUUUAAUUCUUUUCAUCACCGACGGCAAAUCGACAUCCGGCAUUGAUCCUGUACAAGUUAUCAGUACUGAAAAUUCAAAACUUCAAAAUAAAAUUUCUAUGUUUACCUACCUGAUUGGACAAGAUGAACAGGCUAAAGUUCAGUUACACAAUAUGUCCGAACAGACCUUGAAUGAUCCGUCUUCUGGACCUACGCAAAGGGGACAUUUCGAACACUUUGAUACAUCCACACUGAAUCUAUUUUCUGUAAAAUUGGCAACAUUUUACGAUAAUCUGAUUGCACACGGCCAGUCUGACCAGACGUUUACGUCACCAUAUGUUGACCCAUAUUCUAAAAUCGGAUUGAUAACUUCACUCUGUCGAACUGUAAAUUUAGCCGCAGGGUUUCACGGAGUUAUGUGUACUGAUGUGAAAAUAAGUGAACUACUGUCUGAAAUAGAGUACUUCUCUGAAGAAGAAUAUUCCUAUGGAUUCAUGAUAGAUGGAACUGGCAGAGUCUUAAUGCACCCCCUGUUACCUAAUGCCGCCUUUGUAAAAUCUUCUGAAGAUCCUGUUUUAGUUGAUAUAAGUGUUCUUGAACGUGCAUCAGAUGCAAAGCUCGUUAUUGAAUCAAUGAAAAGUGGAGGAAAUGGAACUUUAGAGUUUAAUAAGUUGUUCACAAAACCACGUGGAAAACUUGUUAAUGAGGGCAGCAAGGAUAUCACCCUAAAAGCACAUUUUCAUUGGGGUCCUGUACCUCGGAGUAACUUUUCUCUGUGUAUUGUUCUGGUGAACAAAUCAUACUCCGAAAUCGACGAAUUACAGUUUCCACUUAGCGACACAGAUCUGCAAAAUGUGUUUAUGUUCCAUAAUCGGAGUCUUUCGAGGGACAACUUUAAAACUUGUAAAUUUUACAGGAGACGAGCUACAAUGGCUCACAGUUCUGUCAAAUUUACACAGUCUGCUUUCAAGAACCCGUUUCAAUUCAUAGAUAGUGACGAAACAGCCCAGAAUGUCACGAAAUAUGAAAAUUAUAUCAAGAAACAGGGAAGUAAUCCAGGGUUUAAGUCAACAGUGCGAUCAUCUGUUUGGGCUACUUAUAAAGCUGAGCAGUUUUGGAAGCAAAACCAAGUCAGCUUUGUAUCAUGGCGAUACAUUGGUACAAAAUCAGGAAUCAUGAGGACUUAUCCGGGAAUUUUGAUGCAUAAAAACUUUGACCAUGAAAAAAGACCUUGGUGGCGCCAGGCCCUAGGACAACCAAACACAACGUAUAUCACAACACCGUAUGUUGAUGGCUGGGGAUCCGGUAUAGUUCUGACAUUUAUACAUACAUUACAUAAAGCAGGUUCCGAUGCGGUCACUGCCACUAUUGCUGCAGACUUCCCGUUACUGUAUUUUAAUUGGUUCAUAAGUGACAUUUAUCCUGCCUGUAAUGACGGAAUAAGUUGCAUUAUUUUGGACAAUAGUGGAUUUAUUGUAAUGCAUCCUCACUUCAAACAAUCUGAGGUUGAAUCCGACUUUCAUGAACCUAAACAUAUUACGGUCAAGGAACAUGGUAUUGCAGAACUGUUGAAAGGUAAAGGAGUGCUGAAUCCGGUACAAUGCCAAGAUUUCUCUGUUAACACAAAUCUGCAGUCUUAUAGGGUAUUCUUGCCAAGACAAUUUGCUAGUGGAUUGGAUUUUAAAGAUACUAAUAAUGAAUUUGAGAUGAGACCAGUUGCUGACAGUAAUUUGUUUAUAAUCAGAUUACAGUCGACAUCGACACCAUCAGGCACAUGUACUUGUGAUGGAUCAAAGACCCCGGAUGUCGUAAAAUGCAAGAACUCCUGUCAAUGUUUGUGUCAUGAACCUAUAAUAUAUGAUGUUUGCUCAAACAGUUAUAAAACUGAAUCAGCCAGUUCACCAUGCAGUGCUAGAAUUCCAGACACAUCUGGUAAAAACGAGCCUGAUGAUACCGAUGGACUGAAAGCAUGCUAUGUACCAACUUGUUAUAAGAAGACGAACAGACAAGACUGUUAUAGCGAAGCUGAGUGCACAUGGUGCGAGUAUACAGACACUCUACAACAAAUUGCUAUCCCAUGCUGUAGGCUAAAAGAAGAUUGUUAUUUUGGUAAAACAAAGCCCGAUAAAAGAGAUACAUGUGCGGCAAUUUCAACACCAAACCAAUCAGAAGGCAUUGGUUCAAAUGGAAUAAUAGGGAUAGUCAUUGGAUCAGUGGUUGCUGGAAUAAUACUAACUCUUGUUGUGUUUGGUGGGGUAAAGUAUUUCAAAAUGUGUGAUAGACCAAAUGAGAUUGAUCCAUAUAUAGAUGCUAUUGGUGAUCAUGAACUUCCUCAGUAUACAGAGAAACAAGAAAGUAAAGGUUCCGAAUCCAUGGGCAAGGCUGAUCAAAACUUUUACGAUGGUUUUCAUUAAAGAAAUUGGUCGAACAUUGAAGUUUACAAUCAUUAUAUCCGACAGGAUGUGUAUCUGAAACCAAUUGAUACUGUAUUGUAUAUACCUAUAUUGUUUAAUUCAAAUGUGCUAUAAUUUCAAGUGAUUGAUGUCAGGUAUUUUUAUUACUUAAUAAUCUAAUUUUGGAUGUAACGCGUCUUCUGAUUGGCUGGCGUUGUUUUUUAUCAGCCCAAAGGCAUAAUUCAGUCAUGUGACCGUGACGUCAUGAACGUUUUUUCAUAGUUUUCUACGGUUUAAAAUUGAAUUUAGAAUUAAAUUAAAAGAAAUGACUGUAAUAUUUUUUCAAAAUAACAUAAAAAAUGUGGUGCACACUGUUAAAUAACCCGCUACUUAAUUCCAUAAGUGUAAAAGCGACGCCCAAACCCUAUAUGGAAUAAACUGACCCAUAUAUAUAAUACGGUUGGGGUCACUAGUACACUGUGUAACGAAUUAAUCUUACCAGCUAGCUUAACAUGUGCUAUUUAGACUAAUGGACUAUCAAAGUGAACAAGUCUCCAAUAUAAAGGGCCAACUUCUAUUGUCUAUACAAAAAGGGCAAACAAUAACAACUUUUACUUUAAAUUUGUUUUCUGCAUAUAUUUCAUAAAUUUCGUCACCUGUUUAACAGGAAUAAUGCUUUUUUUUUUAUUUAAAGGGACGUAACUCCACUAAUACCCUGUAUUGGAAUAAACCAAUCAUACUAACCAUAUAUUAAAUUUACACAGAUCUCCAGACAAUCGCAUUCAAUCAAUCAUAUUACUAGAACUGUAUCAUCGAGAAACUUGAAUUUAUUCUAAUCUGAGUAAAAGGUUAUAGAAGU